UUGUCUUAACUUGCAACUGUGGUGGAGGAGGAGGAGGAGAACAGCCGGGUCGGUCGAUUGGGUGACUACGGUGAUCUAAGAGUGAUCGCUCACAACAAAGUUAUAUUUCUGUAGCGGCGUGCUUUUUAGUGGCACGGAUUGCGCUUUGGAGCUUAAAGUGAUUUGUAAGAAGCAAGGAGACACAAUGGAUCUGUUUUGGUCCCAGCCUGUUAGCCAAGCUGCCCCUUAUGUGGAGAUAAUUGAAGAACCCAAGCAGCGCGGGAUGCGUUUCCGCUAUAAAUGUGAGGGGAGGUCAGCUGGAAGUAUCCCUGGAGAGAAGAGUAAUGAUACCACUAAAACACAUCCUGCAAUCAAGAUCCACAAUUAUUCUGGCCCGGUGCGAGUUCGAAUUUCCUUGGUCACCAAAACUUCCCCAUAUAAGCCUCACCCUCACGAGCUGGUGGGUAAAGACUGCAAGCAUGGAUACUAUGAAGCAGAACUGCAGGACAGACGCAUUCAUAGCUUUCAAAACUUGGGAAUUCAGUGUGUGAAGAAGAAGGACGUUGCUGAAGCCAUCAGUUGCAGAAUCCGCACAAAGAACAACCCAUUUAACAUUCCUGUAGAACAAAUUGAGAAUGAAGAGUACGACCUGAAUGCUGUUCGGCUUUGCUUCCAAAUAUUCAUCACGCUACCCACAGGAGACAUUCACCGACUGGAGCCAGUGGUCUCCCAGCCUAUCUAUGAUAACCGAGCCCCGAACACCGCAGAAUUGAAGAUCUGCCGAGUAAACAGAAACUCUGGCAGCUGCAGAGGCGGAGAUGAGAUAUUCUUGUUGUGUGAUAAAGUACAAAAAGAGGAUAUUGAAGUACGCUUUUUUAAUGACACCUGGGAAGGAAAGGGGAACUUCUCUCAGGCUGAUGUUCACCGGCAAGUAGCCAUUGUAUUUCGCACACCCCCAUACCGCGACACUUCAAUCACUGAACCCAUUAAAGUUAAGAUGCAGCUUCAUCGGCCAUCCGACAAAGAGGUCAGCGAGCCAAUGGACUUUCAGUAUCUGCCAGAUGAGACAGACCAAUACAAGGUGAAUGAGAAGAAGAAGCGCACGCACAGCACCUUCCAGAACUUCUUGCUCAAUGCCUCUUUUCCAGGUGCUGCCACAAUGAGCCACAGGGCUAUUGCCACACCGAAAAGAUCAAUCUCUUCCAAACCAAUGCUGCAGGUGAAUCCGAUUGCUACUGCAAAUACUGCCAGCCUUAACACACUGAUGCCCGGCAAGCCCCAAUCAAAUACAUCGAUUUCUUUCAGUCAAAGUCUGUUUUCCACUGGUACAGUUGCUCCAGUGCAGCCAUCAGCAGGACAAUCACAGCAGUUUGCGACAGCCAUGACUUCUAUCUCCUCUAUGCCCACUGCUCCCAGCCAGGUACCCUAUCAGGGGCCAGAGUAUUCUACAGUCAACUUGAAUGACCUUAUUGACAGCAACUGGUCAGGCAUCGUAGCUACAGACCAACCAGUUUUGGCAGGAAGCCAGAGUAUGAAGUUUAAAAUGGAUUUUCCCCACCUCCCUACAAGCCUGACAGAUGGAACAGGUAUUGAUUUUCCAGAGAUACAUGUUGGCAACACCCCUCUUAAUUUAGACAGCAUCGACACAGAUGAUUUUCAUAAACUGCUGACAGAUUCUCAAAACUGCCAAAUGCAAGAAACCAACUUUGCCAGUUCCAGCAGUACACUGAUGUCACAGAGCGUGGCGCCCACUGCUACUCAGUCGACCCACCAUCAGCAGAACCCAGCAGGCCAAAACACUAUGAUGAACCACGAAAACAGCAUCCUGCAUCUGCUCGAAAGCAAUGAUGAGGAGGGCAUUCCGGCCCAGCAGACCUACACCCAAGACAUGCUAGAUGGUGACAGGUUCACUUCCUUUGAUGAUGACCGCCUGAUGUCUUUAAUAGACCAAAGCUGGGCAAUGUGUGAUAAUCCAGCUACUUAAAUGAUGUGGACAGAAAGAAACUGUGCGUUUUUUUUAAACCGUUAAUAACAAAAAAAAGGAGAAAGACCUGGUCUGGUAGGUAGUGCCAAGGGCAUGGCCAGGUUUGUUUAUCAGCGAAGAGCCGAGGCUGAUUACUCUUGUGUUUCUAAUCCUAGUCGGAGCUGUUUUUGCUGUCCUAACCAAGCUGGAAGUCCUGGACCCUCGGAAACCUUGAAAUUGUAUUCUCAUUUUCUUUCUGUCAUCCUCUUUGAAAUAACACGCUUCAUUUGUACAAGACUCACCAUAAGGUCAAGCAGAAUGGAAAUCAAUUGAGAACUGUUGUAAUCCUGUAGCGCUUAUUUACAGUUUAAGCAUUACAUAUCAAUUAAAAUGUCUGUUCUGUAUUUUUGUCACUACUGUUUGUUGAAAGAAGGAAACAACUUGGUAAACGUGCUAACAAGGUAUUUAUUUUAAAAUGUUAAAACUGAAAAUGAAGAUGUAAGAUGUAAUUUAGCAUACCUGACAGGAAUUUUUCAUAAAGAAACAAGGUUUUGAUACAACUUUGUAAUCCGGAUGCACUUCUGAAUUAAAUAAUGCAGAUCUCAUUGUCUCAUCUUAA